CUGCAGGGGACUGCGUUUGAUUCCUGGUCAGGGAACUAAGAUCCCGCAUGCCCCACAGCGCAGCCAAAAAAUAAAAAAAAUAAAAAAUCCAUCAGAUCAGCCCACUCAUCACCAGCUCUGGGUCAGCUUGACUUCUGCCUUACCCACUCCACUUUCCCCAGUUCACAUAGUACGUGUCAGUAAUACUUGUUGAAUGAAUGAAUGAAUAGAUGGAAUACUAUGCAGCCGUCAAAAAGGAUGUCACAGAAGAAUGUUUAAUGACGGGGGGAAGGUGUGGUCGCUAGAAUAAUGCCCACCACAAUGUCCACAUCCUACUCCCCAGAACCUGUGAAGAUGCUCCCUUCCAUAGCACAAGGGACUUUGCAGGUGGGAUUAAGUUAAAGAUUUUGAGAUGGGUAGAUUAUUUUGCAUUAUCUGGGUGGGUCUGAUGUAACAAAGGGGUCUUUGUAAGAAGGAGACAAGAGAGUCAAAAUCAAAGAAAGAAAUGUGACAACAGAACCAGAAGUUGGAGUGAUGUGGGACCAUGAACCCAGAAGUGUGGGCAGCCUCUAGAAGCUGGAAAAGGCAAGGAAUGGAUUCUCCUGGAUCCUCAGGGAACAGCACCUCCAGAAGGAAUGCAGCCCUGUGGACACCUUGAUUUUAGCCCCAUUUGGACCACUUUUUGGACUUCUGACUUCCAGAACUGUCAGAUGAUACAUUUGUGUUGUUUUCAGCCAGUGUUUAUGGUAAUUUGUCGCAGCAGCAGUAGAAAACUAAAACAGAAGAUCUUCAAGAUAUAUUACUGGGUCACAGUGCCCUGCUGAGCCAUAUUGGGAUCUGAGGCAAAAGGAAAACUGUGUGCUUCUUGCUUCCAUUGCAUCAAGCAGAGUGAUGGAUAUUCAGUAAGAGCGGAUAUUCAGGAAGUUGCUGCCCAGACCACCGUGAAGGAAGGAAACAAAUAAUGUUCAUUUUAGGAGCUACAAUGUCUGUGUCCCACGUCUGCAGCUGGAAUGGAGGCUCUCUGGACCCUUUAGAAGGCUCACCCACCCAGAGGUCAGCCGAGUGGUUAAUGCGGAAGGUUAAGAAGGUGCGGCUGGACAACACAAACACAGGACGUUGGAGAAGCUUCUCGCUGAAUUCCGAGGGGGCGGAGAGGAUGGCCACUGGGGCGCCGACAUCCGACCGGGGCGACGCAGUCGAGAUGGAGGACCCAGCCUCCCGCUUCCAGGUGCAGAAGCACUCGUGGGACGGGCUCCGGAGCAUCAUCCACGGCAGCCGCAAGAACUCGGGCCUCAUCGUCAACAAAGCUCCACAUGACUUCCAGUUUGUGCAGAAGACGGACGAGUCGGGCCCCCACUCCCACCGCCUCUACUACCUGGGGAUGCCCUAUGGCAGCCGAGAGAACUCCCUCCUCUACUCCGAGAUCCCCAGGAAGGUCCGGAAGGAAGCACUACUGCUCCUGUCCUGGAAGCAGAUGCUGGAUCACUUUCAGGCCACGCCGCACCACGGGGUCUACUCCCGGGAAGAGGAACUCCUGCGGGAGCGGAAGCGCCUGGGCGUCUUCGGCAUCACCUCCUACGACUUCCACAGCGAGAGCGGCCUCUUCCUCUUCCAGGCCAGCAACAGUCUCUUUCACUGCCGGGACGGCGGCAAGAACGGCUUCAUGGUGUCCCCCAUGAAGCCCCUGGAAAUCAAGACCCAGUGUUCCGGGCCCCGGAUGGACCCCAAGAUCUGCCCCGCCGACCCCGCCUUCUUCUCCUUCAUCAACAACAGCGACCUGUGGGUGGCCAACAUCGAGACGGGCGAGGAGCAGCGGCUGACCUUCUGCCACAAGGGCUUGUCCAGUGUCCUUGACGACCCCAGAUCCGCGGGUGUAGCCACCUUCGUCAUCCAGGAAGAAUUUGACCGCUUCACUGGCUACUGGUGGUGUCCCACAGCCUCCUGGGAGGGUUCAGAAGGCUGCAAGACGCUGCGGAUCCUGUACGAGGAAGUGGACGAGUCCGAGGUGGAGAUCAUUCACGUGCCCUCUCCUGCGCUAGAGGAGAGGAAGACGGACUCCUACCGGUACCCCAGGACAGGCAGCAAGAAUCCCAAGAUCGCCUUGAAACUGGCUGAGUUUCAGACCGACAGUCAGGGCAAGAUUGUGUCGACGCAAGAGAAGGAGCUGGUGCAACCCUUCAGCGCGCUCUUCCCGAAGGUGGAGUACAUCGCCAGGGCCGGCUGGACCCGCGACGGCAAAUAUGCCUGGGCCAUGUUCCUGGACCGGCCGCAGCAGCGGCUUCAGCUCGUCCUCCUGCCCCCGGCCCUGUUCAUCCCCACCGCCGAGAACGAGGAGCAGCGGGCAGCCUUCGCCAGAGCCGUGCCCAGGAGCACCCAGCCGCACGUGGUGUACGAGGAGGUCACCGACGUGUGGAUCAAUGUUCACGACAUCUUCUAUCCCUUCCCCCAACCAGAGGGAGAGGACGAACUCUGCUUCAUCCGCGCCAACGAGUGUAAGACCGGCUUCUGCCACUUGUACAAAGUCACCGCUGUUUUGAAGCCCCGUGGCUACGACUGGACCCAGCCCUUCAGCCCCGGGGAAGAUGAAUUUAAAUGCCCCAUCAAGGAGGAGAUCACACUGACCAGCGGCGAAUGGGAGGUUUUGGCAAGGCACGGCUCCAAGAUCUGGGUCAACGAGGAGACGAAGCUGGUGUACUUCCAAGGCACGAAGGACACGCCCCUGGAGCAUCACCUCUACGUGGUCAGCUACGAGUCAGCCGGCGAGAUCGUGCGCCUCACCACGCCCGGCUUCUCCCACAGCUGCUCCAUGAGCCAGAACUUCGACAUGUUCAUCAGCCACUACAGCAGCGUGGGCACGCCACCCUGCGUGCAUGUCUACAAGCUGAGCGGCCCCGAUGACGACCCCCUGCACAAGCAGCCCCGGUUCUGGGCCAGCAUGAUGGAGGCGGCCAGCUGUCCCCCGGAUUACGUGCCCCCGGAAAUCUUCCAUUUCCACACGCGCUCGGAUGUGCAGCUCUAUGGCAUGAUCUACAAGCCGCACGCCGUGCAGCCAGGGAAGAAGCACCCCACUGUCCUCUUUGUGUACGGAGGCCCGCAGGUGCAGCUGGUCAAUAACUCCUUCAAAGGAAUCAAGUAUUUGCGGCUUAACACUCUGGCGUCUCUGGGCUACGCCGUGGUCGUGAUUGACGGCAGGGGCUCCUGUCAGCGAGGGCUCCGAUUUGAAGGGGCCCUGAAAAACCAAAUGGGCCAGGUGGAGAUCGAGGACCAGGUGGAGGGCUUGCACUUCGUGGCCGAGAAGUACGGCUUCAUUGACCUGAGCCGGGUUGCCAUCCACGGCUGGUCCUAUGGAGGCUUCCUCUCGCUCAUGGGGCUGAUCCACAAGCCCCAGGUGUUCAAGGUGGCCAUCGCAGGUGCUCCGGUCACAGUCUGGAUGGCCUACGACACAGGGUACACAGAACGCUACAUGGAUGUCCCAGAAAACAACCAGCUUGGCUAUGAGGCGGGUUCCGUGGCCCUGCACGUGGAGAAGCUGCCCAAUGAGCCCAACCGCCUGCUCAUCCUGCACGGCUUCCUGGAUGAGAAUGUGCACUUUUUCCACACAAACUUCCUCGUCUCUCAGCUGAUCCGAGCAGGAAAGCCUUACCAGCUCCAGAUAUACCCCAACGAGAGACACAGCAUCCGCUGCCCCGAGUCCGGCGAGCACUAUGAAGUCACACUGCUGCACUUUCUACAGGAAUACCUCUGAGCCCGCGGGCCGCCGCGUGCGGGCCUGCACAGUCAGAGCACAAGUGGCUUCGCCGCCGCCGUUGCCGGAGGGACCGAGCGGCCCCGCAGGCCCUGUGCAGCGCCUCCUCCCACCGGCCCCGCCAGACCGCCCGCCCCAGGAGCUGCCGCCUUCGCCCCAACGCCUUUUACUGUUUUCGUUAACGCUCCUGGGGUUUCAGCCUGCUGCUUCUUCGUGGCCAGGAUGGAGAGAUGAGACCAACGUCCACGAGGCACUUCCUCAAGCCAUCCCUCCUCUCCCUGUCAUCCAGGAGCGGGAGCCUCAACUCCGCUGGGCACUGGAGGCCAGAAGAGACUCGGAGGAGCCAGCCUUUGCCCCGGGGACCCCCAGGCCCAGCCCGGCCACCGGCGCAGAAGCAUGCGGUUGCCUUUCCUCCCCACCCGCCCACUUCAUAUUUGUGUUUCGUUUUGUUUUUCUUUUGGGGGUGGGCAUUUUUAUGAAUUAUUUAAAAGAAAGAUAGCAAGGGGUGCCUAAAUCUAGAUUCAGGGUCUGCCGCUGGGCCACAGGGUUCACCCCAGCCAGCACCCGAAGCCCACAGCAGGAGUCGUGCCCGGCAGGCUGUGAGCGGUGCGCAGGGAAGCGGGGCAGCCUUCCGGCCCGGCUUUCAGGCAGGCUCUGAAGCGCACCCGGCCCCGUUCUCCCCAGCCCAGCCCUCCGCCACACGUUUCUGCCUGGCCCGCCGGCCCAGACCGGGGUUCCAGGGCUGGGAGUGGAACCCUCCCCGCCUCAGGGUUAUCCUUACUCCUUCCUUUCCCUCCCGCCAAGAGUUCUGCCAGGGGCGGGUAGGAAAAAAACAAAAAAACAAAACAAAAAAAAACCCCACCAGAGACGAACCACCUCUACACAUUAUGAAAAGAAAAUAUUUUUGUCGAUUCUUAUUCUUUUAUAAUUAUGCGUGUAAGAAGUAGACUCAUUAAACGAUUCCAGAUGGAA